CCACUUUUAACGCUGUCUGAGCCUUCCCAGUAAAUGUGACCAUAGUUAAAUCACACUUGGAAGUAGAUAAAAAUUAAAACACCAAGCAAUUAUUCAUAGAUAUUUAUCCAUCUUCUUCUAUAUAAGUGAGCCAAUCUCCAUUGAAGGGAGACAGAGAGAAAAGAUAAGCUAGGCAAGAUGGUUUUACUAGACAAGAUGUGGGAUGAUGUUGUUGCUGGACCUCAGCCAGAACGUGGCCUUGGCAAGCUUAGAAAGAUCAGCACCAGACCACUUAACAUCAAAGAUAUUGACGUCGGAGAGGGGAGCAGUCCUGUUAAUAAGUUUCAGAGGUCCAUGACUAUGCCAGGAACUCCAGGGACACCGACGACACCAGUGACCCCUACAACCCCAGUGUCGGCGCGUAGCAAUGUUUGGAGGAGCGUGUUCCACCCUGGUAGCAACCUUGCUACUAAGAAUAUUGGUGCUCAUGUUUUUGACAAGCCACAGCCUAACACACCCACUGUCUAUGACUGGAUGUACAGUGGAGAGACGAAGAGCGAGCAUCGUUGAUGAGGUUGCCUUCAACCAAGGUUGCCCAUGUAAAUACGUACUGUGUUUUGUUUUUCAGUACUCAUCUGCAAUAUGUCUCUUGUUGUUAUGGUUCUACGGUUCUACCGUGCCUGGAACAUCCUGAGCUGACUAGUUUUGUAUUGAUCUUUCUUUCUUGUGAGAUUAUCCCAAGUUAUGUAAACAUUGUACGGUUGGUUGGUCUUGUUGUGAAUCAAAGAUCAAUCAGGGAUGGUGAUGGUGGUGAUGAUGAUGAUGCCUUAUUAAAUAUAAUAAGAAGUUCUUGUUGAUGCUA